AUGCGGUUUCUUAGAUAUCCUCCUCCUCGAAAGUCCGACGUGGUGACCAGAGCCGUGGUUUUGUCAUAUUUUGGGGGGCCAGAGGUGCUGGAGCUCCAGCAUAAUAAGCGUCUUCGUGUUCUCGAGCCCAAUGAAGUACUCGUUCGUACUCAUGCUGCCUCCAUUAAUUCCCUAGACAUAAGACUGCGAUCAGGCUAUGGUGGUAGUAUAUUAAAACAUAUUCUACCUUUUACCAUGGGGAGCGAUGUUAGCGGUGAAGUUGCAAAAGUAGGAUCUUCAGUCCGCAAACUGAAAGUUGGACAACAAGUUUUUGGUGCAUCUUAUUCAGGGGGUACAUGGGCUGAUUAUUGCAUUCUAAGUGAAGAUGAGCUUGCUACAAAACCACCAUCAAUUACACACGUGGAAGCAUGUGCCAUUCCGUUUGCUGCAGCGACUGCACGGAAUGCUUUAGAAAGUGUUGGCAAGGGAGACCGGGUAUUAGUAUUGGGUGGUGGAGGAUCAGUAGGUUUGGCUGCAAUUCAGCUUGCAGUAGCUUCAGGCUGUCAUGUUACAGCUACCAGUGGAAGUCAUGGUAUAGAUAGAAUAUUGGCAGCUGGUGCUGAACAGGCUGUUGACCAUACUGUUCUUGAGGACAUUAAACUGGCUAUAAAGGGGAGGUUUGAUGUUGUCAUAGAUACCAUUGGAGCACCAAAGACAGAAAAAAUAGGUAUCAAUGUUUUGGACAAAGGUGGACGCUACACGAAACUUGAGAAUGGGGUGAUUACCUCUUCAGAUAGAUAUGGAAUGUGGUUAGGGAUUCCAAUGGCUGCACCUCUUCUAUUGAAGAAGAAGAUCGAUUACCUAAUUUCCCAUAGAAUAGAAUACUCGCACUUUUCCGUGGGGGUUGAUGCACUAGGGUUAGAAGAGGUUCGAAGGCUUACCGAAGCAGGAAAGCUAAAAAUACCUGUGGAGAAGACAUUUCCCAUCACUCAAGUGAGAGAAGCUCAUGAGGCAAAAGAUAAAAUGGAUAUUCCAGGGAAAGUUGUGCUGGAAUUUGACUGAAUCAGGUUCAUGAGGUUCAUAAAUUGUGUGAAACCUAUUCUACGGUGUUGA